GACUUGAGCACUGGGUGUCUUAUCCAUAAAGGAGUACAACUAACAACAACCAGCAAACAUGAUGAUGCUGAAAGUGGAGGAUCUGGUGACGGGGAAGAAGAGUAACAGCAAUGAGACUGGAGGUUUCCUACCAGAAGACUUCAAACAUGGAGAGUAUGAAGCUACUGUGAGAUUAGAGAAACAAGAGGAUCUCAAGACACUCCCUGAAAACUUACUGGCCCAAAGAGAUCUUACCUACAAAAAGGAGAAAAAGCUAGAGGCAGAGCUCAAGAAGAAAAAGCUAGAGGAGAGACCAAAACUUGAAAACUUGCAGGAUCUAGAAAAAAUUAUUCAGCUGAAGAAAAGGAAAAAAUGCAAGAAAGUGAAAGUGCCCAUUUUAAAGGAACCUGAACCUGAAGUAAUUAUAGAAUCAGUGGAUGUACCAACCUUUUUAAAAGCAGCGCUGGAGAAUAAGUUGCCAGUAAUUGAAAAAUACUUGUCAGAUAAAGGGGAUCCAGAUGCUUGUGACGAGUACAAAAGGACUGCACUACACAGGGCCUGCUCAGAAGGACAUCUAGAGGUGGUGAAAAAGCUAGUGGAAGCUGGAGCCCAAUUUGAAUUCCAAGAUAUGCUUGAAUCUACUGCUAUUCACUGGGCAUGUCGUGGGGGAAACUUGGAAGUUCUGAAGUUCUUGCUAGACAAAGGAAUAAACAGAAAUGCUAGAGACAAGCUGCUAAGUACACCUCUGCACGUAGCUGUGAGGACGGGUCGGUAUGACUGUGGUGAACACCUUAUUGCUUGUGAAGCAGAUCUUAAUGCCAGAGACAGAGAAGGAGAUACACCUAUGCAUGAUGCAGUGAGGCUGAAUCGUUAUAAAAUGAUUAGACUCCUGAUUCUUUAUGGAGCAGAUCUAAAUAUAAAGAAUGCUGAAGGAAAAACUCCUAUGGAUCUUGUACUUCAGUGGCAGAAUGGCGCCAAAGAAAUAUUCAACAGCCUUAAAGACAAAUCCUAUAAGAGCUCACAAAUAGAUACAUUCUGAAGAGGAAAAAAACCUCGGUCUCUUCUUUAGCAGUUGUAAAAUGGGAUUUUAAAAGGUACCAUAACCAGCCUGAUGAAAAAUAGCCCUGAACAUACUGUUUUUACCAACUACAAAUUGCUGGUCCUACUCUAUUAUUUAUACAUGCCUUUGUUGGAAUACUGUAGGAAAACGCAGAAAAAGAAUCAAAAAGACUGUUUAAGUGUUCCAAUUCCACUGGAAGUAAAAUUGCUUUAUUUAUUCUUAUUUAUUUUUUAUUUUGUAAGUUUUUUCUUGCUGUCCUUCAGUGGCUAUCCACUGUUCAUCUCGAUCACAAGUAAUGUUACUACUACUUUUAAAUGGAGUUUCAAUUACUAAUUGUGGUCACCUCAGUCAGCAAUAUUAACCCUCUUGGGCCUCUCCGUCUUCUUUUAAAUCUUUACAGCAUUUCCAAGUAUACUAGUGGCUUCACAUCUUAAGUCUUUCAGUAGAUCUAAAGAGCUAAUAUUUGUAACUGUUAUUCCAUCUUUGCCAAAUUGUCUGUAUUAGAAUAAGCUGUUAAACAAGUGGCAAUAUGUGGAAGGCAAUAGGUUUAGAAAUGCCAAGUGGAAUUAAAGGAGCAGUUCAUAAUUGGGUUUACACACUGGACAAUCUACUGACAAGGAAGCUCAAGCACUGAUGUCAGAUGUUAAUUGGUUGGACCACUGGGUUCAAAUGUCACGUGAUGAAAGUAAGAGAAUAAGAGUGGAAGAAACAUGCACCUCAGAAGUUCUAGGCAUAGCAAUGCACAGCCUGAUAAUUGGAGAAUGAAAUACAGAUGAUGUAUAUUUGUAAAAUUUGUACCGCUUUUUAUGUACAUUUUGUAUUGAUCCUAUUUAAGAUUUAAUAA